CCUCUUGACCAUCAAAACUCCAUAUUUCUCUUUCAAAAUGUCCUACUUUUACGGCAGUAGUGGGGGACAAAGGCAACCAAAAUGGAAUUAUCAAACAAAUUUAGAUCCAAAUCUACUGGCCACAGUUCGAGAUGAAAUGCUUCGAAAAGAGGAGGAGUACCGGAAGGAACAACAGCGGAUUGAAGCGGAACAAAAGAAACUAACAAGUUAUCUGACCCAACUUCAAGCCAUGGUUCGAGAUCUGCCUGGUACCUACAAAAACAAAUUCACUUAUGAUGUACUAUCAGGAAUUGCAACUUGUCUUCUUGAUGGAACAGUAUUUGAGAUUGUAAAGGGACUGGAAGACAUACAGCAACUUACUGAAAGAAACUUACUCAACAAAAGAAUGAAAUUAGUCAAUUCGCAGAAAGCUCAGAGGAUGCAGAUGGCCAAGAAACAUAAAGAUGCCAUUCAGCAAUGUGAGCAACGGCCUCAUAAUCUGCCUCUGGUAGAGGCAUCAAAUACACAAGAAAAGAAAGCUUUGGAAGAAAAGUUAGAGGCAGAAGUGCUUCAAGUUGAUCAGAAAGUAGUCCUUGAGUUGGACCAGAUUGUUUGUGACCAACAAGCAACCCUCCAAAGAGCUGGUGUGCCCAUGUUUUCUAUAACAAACAACCCUAAUGAAGUUCGCCUUCAGAUGUAUAUACUGGAUUUUAUACAGCGAAUGGAACACACUCCCAGUUAGUGGCUACAUUUCUUGGAAAGACACAUUUGGAACAUGUUUUCUUGGGAUGACUAGUUGAGUUCAAGUUUUUCAAGUAGCAGUUCAGCUUUCUUUUUGCAUCAGAUACAUAAAAGAUGUUAAAUUUUUGAGAAAACAAAUGCUACCCACCCACACAGUAUUCAUUACAUCUUGCCUGUCUGAAGUGCCACCAUAUAAAGCUCAUAGUGAAAAUCUUCUCAUAGUGGUUUCCUUAGAAUGAUCUGAACAUUGUAGUUCACAUGAACUUGAAAGGAGAAUUUCUUGGCUGAUCUUUCUUGGAUUCAAAAGAAAAAAUUUGAAGCCUUCUUUCCUAUACGUUCCUGUAACAGGAAACAUUUUUUCCACUGCAAAAUACACUCAAACUCACCAAAUUUUUUUUAAUAAUAAGAAAAAAAUGGGUGACCAACCUUGGACAUUUUCAUGACAACAUUUCAUCAACAACACUAUUUGUAUUUCGACAAUAUAUUUUAAUUCCAAUGUAAUGUAGCCUUUAUACAUAUACACUACAGUGUACAAAUAACUGCUAUUGUUAAAUUAAAUAAAUACAAAUU